AUGAAAACGAAGGCCCAAAACGUUGCUGACACUCGAUGGAAAUCAAUGUUCAAGGUUAAUGAUUGGUUCCGGAAACAUCGAGUGGCAGCACUAGCGUACCUUAGUGAGAAGAAUCCUCCUUGCACACCACCACUCACCUGCUAUUCAAAGAUUGUAGGCCAAGCAGAUGUCGACUAUGUCGACCUUGAAUUCUCUGUCCUGUCGCAGAAUGAGAAGUAUCCCAUUGAGCUAAAAAAAGUCGAAGAUAAAUUGAUUGAUUUGGGAGACUUUUUUCAAGCAACCAGAAAAGAGAUUGGGGUAGAAGAAGUGGCAUCCAAUGUCAAGAACAUCGUCAUUUCCUGCGUCAUAAUGAUUGCUGGUCUAGCUAACAUUGAGGCAGAACGAGACUCAAGGAACGAUGCUGCUGAUUCCAUACCGCCUGUUCUGCCACAUCAGCUUGUGAGACUGCGCGGUCGAGAGUUCACCGACAUUAUCCGCAAGCAAAAGGAUCGUUUGUCCUACCGCUGA